GCUGGGUAAUUGUCACAGUAAAGAUGGCGGCCACCCUACCAAGAGUCCUGUCCUUCGGUAAAAAUACGAGGUCUUUGCUUAACGUUAUCAAGGUAUCUGCUGCUCCAUCUCAACGAUAUAGCGUUGAUGUGUCAAAAGAUGGGGAGAAAAUAACACACACAGGGCAGGUCUAUGACCCAAAUGACGUAAGAAAGGCUAGAUUCGUAGGUAGAAAAAAAGAGGUGAAUGAAAACUUUGCCAUCAACCUGGUUGCUGAAGAGCCAGUGACGCAUAUAGAGUCAAGAGUUGUGUCCUGUGAUGGGGGUGGAGGUGCUCUUGGUCAUCCCAAGGUUUACAUCAACCUGGACAAGGAGACCAAAAUUGGCACAUGUGGAUACUGUGGGUUGCAGUUUAAGCAGACACAUCAUCAUUGAGGGACUGUCUUGUGUUUAUGUCCUAUACAUUACGUUCCUUCCUAUACAUCUAAUACUUUUCUCUGUACAAUAAAAUACGGUGUAAAUACAAAA